AUGAGCCCCGCCGCCACCCCAAACGAGCGCACAGCGCUGGUCGCGUCGUCCUCGUCGUCUUCGUCAUCGCUCCCCCCGUCCUAUAAUGGAGAUACACGGAUCAGCGGCACGAAGAAGCCCAGACACCACAACCUCGCAGGCAUGCCACCAUGGCGGUUCCGCCUGGCAUGCGGCAGCGUGUGGAGUGCGACGUUUCUGGCGGCCUUUGACGGUACGGUGGUAGCGACGCUGCUGUCCGAUAUCGGCAGCAGCUUCCAGGCGCUUCACCUGUCCAGUUGGCUGGGCACGGCGUACCUCUUGUCGCUGUGCUGCUUCACCCCCGUGUACGGUCGGUUAGCGGACGCACUGGGACGGAGGAACGCGCUGCUCGUCGCGCUCGCAUUCUUCACCGUCGGCACACUCCUGUGCGCCACCGCACCGACCAUGUAUGCGCUGAUCGGAGCGCGCAUCUUGGCCGGCGUGGGCGGCGGCGGGCUCACGUCAGUCGGCUCGAUCCUCGUCUCGGACCUCGUCGACCUCCGCCAUCGCGGCCUGUUCCAAGGCUAUGCCAACCUUCUCUUUGGUCUCGGCGCCUCCCUUGGUGGACCGGUGGGAGGGUGGGCGGCCGAUCAGUUCGGCUGGCGUGUGGCGUUUGGCGCACAGGUGCCCAUGCUCGCGGCAUCCGUCGCGCUCGUGCUGCUCUUCAUUCCGCACGACCUCGGACAUCGCUCCGAGUCGGAAGAGCACGAGACGUGGGUGCACAAGCUGAAGCGUAUCGACUACCUCGGCUCGGCCGCCUUGGUCGUGUCAGUGGCCUGCCUCCUCUUGGGCGUGUCGCUCAAGACGGCGGCACAGACGGCCGACGGUGGCGAGUAUGCGUGGAGCGACCCACUGAUCGCCGGCCUCUUGACCACCUUUGUCGUCUUCACCGCUGUCUUCAUCUACAUCGAGGGCUGGGUUGCCCUCAACCCCGUCCUCCCGCUGUCGCUUCUCGCGCGCCGUACCCCGGCGUCAGUCGCGCUCUCCAACCUCACCAUGGCAAUGUGCAUGUUCUCGCUCCUGUACAACGUGCCCCUCUUCUUCACUGCCGUGCGACUGCAGUCGUCGACCACGGCCGGCGCCCACCUCCUCCCUUACACGGCGUUCAUUGGCCUUGGAUCCCUUCUCGUCGGAUGGGUCAUGCGCAAGACGGGCCGAUUCUACCCGGCCAUGGUCGUCUCGGGUAUCAUUGUCGCCGCGUCGUGCGCCAUGAUGCUGUCGUGGAACACCGACUCGCCAGAGUGGAUCACAUGGGUCGCCCAGUCGCCCAGCGGGUUCGGAUAUGCCGGCGUGCUGACCUCGACCCUCGUCGCCCUCAUGACCAACGUGCAAAAGGAAGGCCGGGGCGAGAUUGCCGUCGCGACGAGCAUGACGUACAUGUUCCGCACGAUCGGCCAGGUGCUCGGUGUGGCGUUUGCCAGUGCCGUCCUGCAGGCGACGCUCAAGGCCGACCUCGCGGCCAGCAUUGACGACAAGGACCUCGUCGACCUCAUCCGCCGCUCCACGACCAUCAUCCCUACCCUCCCGCCCCAUAUCCGCGCGGUUGCCGUGGCGGCCUACUCGAACGGCCUGCACCGCGUCUGCCUCAUGAACUUUGGGCUGGCGGUGCUCACGGUCGUCUUAUUGGCGACCGCUGAGAACGAGCACAUGCCCGAGAGUGCCCUCCCAGACGACGACGAGGACGUGUGUGAGGCGUAG